UGACAGGAUCAUUAAAAGGUUAUGAUCCUUUAUUGAAUCUAGUACUUGAUGAUACCGAAGAGCAGUUGAGAGGGCGAUGGAUCGUAGAAAUGCUUCUUAAGCGUGACGAAAAAAAUGUAUCCGUUUUUGAUAUUUCACAACGAUAUUUUGAUGAAGAGGUUACACAUUAUAUUGGUGACCUUAGUAAUUAUAAUGAAAUUGAUGACGCCAUUCGAAAAAGCCAUGCUACAAGCGUGAUUCACACAGCAUCUCCGCAUUAUGGUGGAGCCUCUGAAGAAUUAUUUUGGAAGGUUAACGUUGAUGGAACAAAAAAUGUUGUUGAUUCAUGUGUUGCUAAUGGUGUCAAGAAAUUGGUGUAUACUAGUAGUUCGAGUGUGAUUUACGACGGGAUUAACGAAAUGGUUAAUGGGGAUGAGACCACGCCUUUUCCCGAAAAACAUAUGGAUGUCUAUACCGAAACGAAGGCAAAAGGUGAAAGGAUCGUACUCGAUGCUAACGGAACUAACGGUCUUCUUACAUGUGCCAUUCGUCCAUAUGGUAUUUUUGGUCCAAAUGACCGGCAGUUACUUCCGUCUGCAAUUAAAGUUAUGCAACAAGGUCAAUCAAAAUUUCAAAUCGGCGAUAAUUCCAAUUUGGUUGACUGGACCUAUGUUGAAAAUGUUGCACACGCACAUUUAUUGGCUUCUGAUAAAUUAUUUGAAGGAAGCCCGGUUGCAGGAGAGUUUCCAAGAUCAGCAGGUUUUAUCAUUGCAUCGUUAGCUGAAUUAGCAUCUUAUUUUUCUGGAAAAGAAGCUGGAUUUACAAGAUAUAGAGUAAGAUUUAGUUGUGGUAAUAGAUAUUAUAACAUUGAAAAGGCAAAAAGAUUGUUAGGGUAUGAACCUUUAGUUGAUUUAGAAGAAG